AUGGUGGGAUCUCAAUUACAAUUACAACCACAACAACCCAUUUUUUCAAAUUUAAGAUUUUAUCUACAAGAAUCAUUUGUUUCAAAAAACUCUCAACAGGCAGAGCAAUUAACAAGGGUAAUCAAUAAGCAUGGUGGCAAAAGAUUGUUUUCAUCUUCUUCAGAAGGUGCAUUAAUAUAUUUGUUUAAUGAUUUUACAACACAAGAGUUUGAAGUAGCAAAAAAUCAAGGACACCCAAUUAUAGGUAUUAAAUAUUUAGUCGAAUGUGCACAGAAAAACAGACCAAUUAAUUUUGAUAUGCUAGAACAACAUCCAAUCUAUUCAGAUUGUUUAUUUGGCGUUGUAGUUUCAACAUUUGGGUUCACAUCCGAAGCCAAUCAAGAAAUAGUUAACAUAGUACAGUAUUUAAGUGGAGAGUAUGCACAAAAGCUUUCAACUCGAGUCACACAUUUAAUAGUUAAUACAGAGUAUGAUCCAUCUCAUUCCAAAACUAUUGAGUUGGCCAGAAAUAAUAAUAUUCCUCUGGUUAUUCCUGCAUGGGUUAGUCAAUGUUUUCAAGAUUCAAUAAUCCAUGAUUAUAGACAAUUCUCUGCUGUUUUUUAUAAUUGUAUUAUUUGUACAAGUGGCUUUCAAAAUACAGAGAAAAAAGAAAUUAAAGAAGGUAUAACAUGCAGAGGAGGCACUAUUUCGGGUGAUUAUAAUGCAGAAGUUCAAAUCUUAAUUACAAAUUCAUCAAAUAGCGACAAAUAUGCAGCAGCAAAAGCAAAUAAUAUUCCAAUUGUUUCAUUUGAAUGGUACAAAGAUUGUAUCAAUACUGGUUUAUUUAGAGAUUUUAGUAUUUAUUCAAUAAACAAUGGUAUCAUUCAAACUCUGCCAUAUCAACCACAAUCUAAACAACAACUCUACCUGCAACAACAACCACUACAACAGCAACAGCAACAACAACAAUUAUAUCAACCAUUUCAAACACCCCCAAGUUUACAAAGACAGCUUUCGCAAUCACAACAAAGAGUCCCAGAAAAUAAAUACAAACCAACUCCAAUGCCAAGUACAACUCAAAUAUCAAAAUAUACAAUACCAACAGCAAUAUCAACAACAACAACAAAUUUUACCAUACCACAACAGCAACAUUACCAACAACAACAAAAUCAAUUUCAUAAUAAUAACGAAUUUAAUAAUAGUGAUAGUAGUAACAAUCAAAUUAUAUUACAUUCAAGUUCAAUGGAAAAUGAAUUAGCCAAAAAACAACAAGAAUUAUUUUAUGGUAAAAAUAUUUUAAUUAAAGGGUUCCCCGAAGAAGAGCUAAAUCAAGUUAUACUCCAUGUAUCAAAAUAUGCUCAAGUUAUUGACGAGCAUAGUAUCCCAAGCGAAUGGACCUCCACAAAUAUGGAUAUUCAUUACAUUAUGGCUCCUCACGAAAAAAAUAUCAAUUUAAAUGAAGGUUGUUCCGGAAUACCGGUUGUUACUACCGAUUGGUUUGAUAGAUGCAUAAAUUCUUGUCAAAUUAUAGAUCCAAACGAAGCUCCAAUCUAUUCACCAUUACCAAAUUUAUCUGUAUUCAAAGGUUUAAAGAUUACCUCCGAAGGAUUCUCCGAAAAUGAAGAGCGUCCAAUUAGAGCCACUGCUAAACUCUUGGGGGCAACAUAUUUGGGUAAAAAAUUUGGCAAAGGAACAACUCAUUUAGUCUGCUCUUCUAGAGGUGAAUCUUAUACAUUGUCAUUGGGUAAAAAAAUUCCGGUUGUAACUGUUGAUUGGUUGUUCGAAUCUGCGCGUGCAGGCAGAAGAUUGGAUGAAACAAAUUUCUCAUUAAAUAAAUUAAUAUCAAAUGGUACAGAAAAUGAUUUUAGUAUAAUAACAAAUAACAACAACGACAAAAAUGACAACGACAAAAAUGACAACGACAAUAGUAAUAAUAACUCAAUUAAUAUUUUUAAAGGUUUUACAAUAUUUAUUUCAAGUAAAAUCAUUCACUCAGCCGAAAAAUAUAUUAAAUAUAUUGAAUAUUUGGGUGGUGAGUAUACUUUAUCAGCAUUUGAUAAAAUAACUCACUAUAUCACAAAUGAAUAUGACCAUCUCGAAACUCAAAAUUUUAUUGAUGCAAAUUUCGUUCAAGUAUCCCCAAAAUGGUUAGAAAGUUGUUGGGGCUCAAAAUCUUUAUUAUCCGAGAAUGAUUUUCAACCUUUAAAAAUCGUAAACGAGGAAGAUUCACUUCCAACUAUUCAAUCUUUAGCUAAAACACCAUCACAAUUAUUCAAUGCCAACUCGACCCAAGAAAAAAUUAUUAAAACAAACACAAUUACCACAACAAUAGAGGAUAUUAUGGUUGAAGAUAAUAUAGCUUUAAAUAGUUCAUCUGCAUCAUCAAAAGGUUUUGAUAAAAUUUUUAAAGCUUUAUCAACUUUACCAGUACAUAAUAAACAACCCCAUUCAAAGAUUGGAAUUAAUAAAAACCGUAUCGAGUAUUAUAAUCAAAAUAAACUUUCAAUUGUUCCAAAGAUCAAUAAGCCAUCAUUAAAUAUUUCAUCACUUAUCGAUUGGGAGAAAUCUGAAAGAGAUGACUCAGACUCAGACUCAGAACCAAUGAAGAUAGAUGAUGACUCUGUUUCAAGUACUAGUUUUAAUAGUGUAAGCUUAAACAACUCUGUGGCAAUUAGUAAUAACGGUGAUUUUAUUUCAGAUCCAGAAGAAGAUAGUUCCCAAAAUCUCUUUAAAGAAUAUCAAGCAUCACUCGAAACUAGCUCUCAAAUGAUUACUUAUGGAAAUGAAACGGAAAUAUUAAGGAAGAAAAAGCUUUUGGAAUCUUAUUAUUCAACUUCAGGGCAGAGCUCUUCAAAACAUCCACCCUCAUCGACACUUUCAUCAAAUUUAAACAAAGGAAAUGACAGUGUGGCAGAAAAUAUUUUAAAUAUGUUAACUAAACCAACUCAACAUGAAACCAAUGAAACUUUAAAUAAAGGACCUUCUGCAAUAAAAUCAACAAUGAUUUUUGUUUUAUCUGGUUUUGCUGAUAGUGACGAAUUGGCAAGAUAUACAGCCAUGCUUUUAAGAUUUGGUGGCUUUUUAGAAAGUAGUAUAAAUAAAGAUGUUACUCAUGUCAUAACCAAACAACCAUCAAGAAGUGAAAAAGUUAUGGGUGGUUCAGCUGCAGGGUCGUGGAUACUUAAACCAUCAUUUUUAGUUGUAUCAAAUGAAAAAGGAGUUCUUGAAAAAGAAGUGGAUCAUCAAUGGAAUGAAGAGUCAUACUGUGGUGAUCCUAAAAUCGAUUUGUGGAUUAACUCCUCACUAAAAUGUCAAAGGAUAGUUGCUCAAAAUGGCAGAAAGAUUUUCGAUCUUGCUAGAAUCGCAUUUAGUUCAAAAAAUAUCCAUACCUUUGAAGCAUGGAAAAAGAUUCUUUCUUGUGGCAAUGCUGAAUUGUUUGAAGUUGGUGCUAUCAAAAGUCUCGACGAGCUCAAGGAUAAACGUAUUACUCACUAUAUAUAUUUCAAUACAAAAGAAACCGAUCCUAUAUAUAAUUUAAUAGAUAAAAACCCAAGUGCUGGUAUUCAAGUUUUAUUAACAAAUACUAUUACAAAACAUUUAAACAAUGGAGAAUAUCUUAUACCAUUAAAAAAAAAAAAAAAAAGUUAA